GGUCUGAGAGUGGAUUCAUGAAAUAGAAAUUACAGAAGGGGCACCGUCGAUAAUGACAAGUUCAAGGGAAUGAUCAUGGGAGUGAGUGGCUGAAAUAGGGUGGAGAAUAAGAUUACUGGAGGAGGAUCGGUCAAAGAACUCACAGGACAGGGUAUUGGAAAGAUCAUCAUCUACUCUACAUAGAUUUCAAAUCAUCAAAUAAGAUAGGGCUAGUAUUGGAGAGAAUUGCAGUGAGCAGGAGCUAUAUCGUCUAAAAAUGAGAGGGAAGAAUUAAGGUGGGGGAGAGCAGUGGAUGACAGCAAUGGUGAAGAACAGUGAGCGAUAUAACCUGAUGAUAUAAAAUUCAGAAGUCAAAGGCAGUUUUAAGGAAUACAGAGAGAGCAUGGGCUGAUACUAACUGCCAACAUUAAAAAUACAAGAAAUUUCACAUAAUCCAUAUACAUUUCAAAUACUAUGGUGUUCACAUAAAAUUCUUGCUUCCCUGUAAAUCAGAAGAUCUGGAAAAGCAGGCCUUGUUGACUGCUUCACUCAGCAACCGUGAUUCCUGGAUCCUCUGCGUAAUUGAGUUUGGAUCUCUCAUCGUACUAAUUCACCAAUCCAAUAGCUACCAAAUACUUGUAUCCUGCCUGUUGCUGUUUUUUCAGGUAGUACUUUUGAAAGGUAUAGAGUUUCUUAAGCGUGUACAGAUAGACAAAAUUUCAGCUAUUUGAACAAAGGCAUAUAGAAACCUUUGCCCAACCGGUAUUGGUUUCACCAAUUUUCAAGUAUAUUUUGUGGUAUACUUUAGCUGAGAACGACUCGGGAUUCAGGUAGCGUCAGGGGUAAUAAACGAUGGUGUAUCAUCAACUGUUGGUGUCUAGGGGGCGCCAUUGCCAAAGAGUACAAAUCUGAAAGGUUUCAACAGAGUUGAUAUUGUUCGGUUGAUGGCCAUUGUCCACUCCACUCAUUAAGGCUGGGAUUUUUCUCAGCACUUUCAAAGCAUCUCCUCUUUUUUGUCAGUAGCAUUCGUAUCAUGCUUGCGGUGGGUACAGCGUACCGUGACAGAAUAGUUCAAAACAACAGCCAAGUUUACUUAAACUCCACGUUGAAAGCAAAACAGUCUGUGACACACUUUGAAGUAGGAAAAGUAGCGGAACAAUGUUUUAUCAAGAAAGCCCAGAGAGAAAAGAAUGUACAAAAACCAAGUAGCAACGUGGAGAAUGGGCAGCGUCUGGAAGAAAACGAGCACAAUUUUCUUCUGCUUUGUUCUCUCUUUUGCGUUCCUGUUGUUGGCAUCUUCUUUGGUCUCUUCCAGCAAUCACUUCGUAUGUGCACAUUUACCUGUUCGACUUCAGUAAAAGUUGGGAGGGGAAUGCGCCAAACGUUUCGGAUGGUUGUCUUCAGCUGAGUGACGAUCUUCUGUCAGUUUUUCUGGAUUUCCCAAGAGUUCCUCGGGACACAUGUAUCGCUUUCUGGCAGGGGAAAACAAAACGCGUUUUUAAAAGAACUGUUGACCGGUCUUCUGUCCAUCCACGCCAGGAGACAGCCCAUGCCAGGGCAGGCAGAGUGGGGUGUAGACUCUCCUCCAUUAGCCCUGCCCUCCUGGUCUUCCCCCGGCUCUCGCUCUUUGCCUCUCCAGUCACGUCCCAAACCCGGAGGGACGAAAGCCCUGCUCAGAACGUAAAAGCCAGUGAGGAGGGCCACGCAGACGCAGGGGAGACCCCGCCGCCAGGCCGGGCGUCCCCAGGGGCAUCUCUGCCGGGCAGCGCCUUGCGUCAUGUGGGGCCCGCCCCCUGGUCGGGCUCGGCAAGUUCUGCAGCCUUGGCCGUCGUGGAAGCAGGAUUUCCGCGGUUGUGUAAUAGCACCUCGCGGGCGCGGAGAGGCCUGGGCGCCGCAUCCCUCCUCGGACUGGCCCCUGGUCUCCGGCGGCCGAGCCAUGGCCUGGACGGCGGCGGCGGCGAGCGGCGGGGCCCGCGGUACGCUCUCGGCGCACACGCUCCUGUUCGACCUCCCGCCGGCGCUGCUGGGCGAGCUGUGCGCGGUCCUGGACAGCUGCGACGGCGCGCUGGGCUGGCGCGGUCUCGCGGAGCGACUUUCAAACAGCUGGCUGGAUGUUCGUCACAUCGAAAAAUAUGUUGACCAAGGUAAAAGUGGAACAAGAGAACUACUCUGGUCCUGGGCACAGAAAAACAAGACCAUCGGUGACUUGUUACAGAUCCUCCAGGAGAUGGGGCAUCAUCGAGCUAUCCAUUUAAUUGUGAAUCAUGGAGCACCCUUGAAGAGUCAGAGUCAUCAUGGAGAUAGAUUUCCAAACAUGUUACCCAAGGAAAUAGCCAAUGUCACAGUGGAUAAUGUUCUUAUUCCUGAACAUAAUGAAAAAGGAAUAUUGUUUAAAUCCUCCGUCAGCUUUCAAAACAUCAGAGAUGGAACCAAAAAUUUCCACAAAGACUUCCUAAUUGGAGAAGGGGAGAUUUUUGAGGUAUACAGAGCGGAGAUCCAAAACCGAACAUAUGCCAUUAAAUUAUUUAAACAGGAGAAAAAAAUGCUAUGUAAGAAACAAUGGAAGCAGUUUUUAUCUGAGCUUGAAGUUUUACUACUGUUCCAUCAUCCAAACAUACUGGAGUUGACUGUGUAUUUUACAGAGAGUGAGAAGUUCUGCCUUGUUUAUCCAUAUAUGAGAAAUGGAUCACUUUUUGACAGAUUGCAGUGUGUAGGUAACACAGCCCCACUGUCUUGGCACAUUCGGAUCAGUGUUUUAAUAGGAACCUCCAGAGCCAUUCAGUAUUUGCACAACACGGAGCCGUGCUCGGUCAUCUGUGGCAGUGUAUCAAGUGCGAACAUACUUUUGGAUGAUCGGUUUGAACCCAAACUGACGGACUUUGGCAUGGCGCACUUCCGACCCCACCCAGAACAUCAGAGCUCUACCAUAAGCAUGGCUAGCAGCAGCACUAAACAUCUGUGGUAUAUGCCUGAAGAGUAUAUCAGACAGGGCAAACUUUCCAUUAAAACGGACGUCUAUAGCUUUGGAAUUGUAAUCAUGGAAGUUCUGACAGGUUGUAAAGUGGUGUUAGAUGAUCCAAAGCAUAUCCAGCUGAGGGAUCUCCUUAUGGAGUUGAUGGAGAAGAGAGGACUCGAUUCAUGCCUUUCGUUUCUAGAUAAGAAAGUGCAUCCCUGUCCUCGGAAUUUUUCUGCCAAGCUAUUCUCUUUGGCGGGCCAGUGUGCUACCACGCGGGCAAAGUUAAGACCAUCAAUGGAUGAAGUCCUAACUACUCUUGAAAGUACUCAAGCCUGCUUAUAUUUUGCUGAGGACCCUCCCACUUCACUCAAGUCCUUCAGGUGUCCUUCUCCUCUAUUCUUGGAUAACGUACCAAGUAUUCCAGUGGAAGAUGAUGAAAACCAGAAUAAUCAUUCACACCCUCAUGAUCAAGGUUUGAGAAAAGAUGGAGUGACUCCGAAAGUUCCAUUUGAAUGCAGCCAGUCUGAGGUUACAUUUCUGGGCUUUCACAGAAAGACAGGGGAUGAGAGAAAAGAGGAUGCAUGCAACACGCCCAGUUCUUCUUGUAAAGAAAGUUGGUCUGCAAAGCAUUCAGCUCUAUCACAGGACUCAGGGGCCUGUGGUGCAGAUCUGGACCCUUCUGCAGAAGCUCCAGACCCUUCUUACAGGAGCAGGCCAGUGGAGACCAGCUGUUCCUCUGAAUCUUCCUGGAACGAAUGUGAGCAGUACAAAAAGGAAUCAAUUUCACCAGAAGAUAAAGAAGAAAGCAAGUAUUGCUAAGGCCUCUGAGUACAGGUAUCAUCUUGGGAAAACAUUGUUACCAUAAGUAAUGCGAAAAAGGACAAUGGAUGGUGAGUUUGGGUGAUGCGGAUCUACUCUCUGGAGAAUUCUACUCCUUCCUUCCCAACUCCGAAAACAGAGUGGCUCAAACCUAGGCUGUAUGAGAGCCAUCCAAAAUUACUUAAGAUCAUGAGCUGUGGCUUUAGACAAACAAAACCUACCAAAGAGGGACUAGAUUCUACGGUCUUCUCCAUCAUCAUCAACAUGAGCCCCUGUGCCACCAGUCUGCUAAGUACAUUCAGUUCAGUUAGAUUGCAUGAUUCAGUUUGGCUUGCUUGUGAAGGUUGUAAGAAGCGUCUAAUUUGUAAAUGUUAACAGGUGCCUUUUUAAAGAAUUACCUUUGUGUUUAUCUUAAUUAACCUUUAGUAUUUUUCUGUUCCUCCCUGUCAAGCCUGUCUGUUUGAAAAUGAGCCAGAUUCACCCUUGGCUAUUGACAUGUUCUGUGUAGAGAGGGGAUUCUUGCCCAAGAUCUGUAUUUCUGUAUUUAAACCCUUAGGAUAGUUUAUCACAUAUCAUGCAGUUUUGGCUAUUAUUACAUUUUUUUUUUUUUUUUUACAAACCUAGAGACCAUUAUAUCCUGAGUAGAAUGUGUGAAAUUUUAAUCAAGUAGUUUUUGUUUCUGAGAAAAUGGCUGGUCACAAGGGCUUAUGUUAGCUUUUUCUUUGAUUCUGUACCUUCCAACUCUGUGCCUUUACUCUUGCUGUUUACUGGGUCUCCCCCUGUUGAAAUCCUACCCAGGCCUUCAAGGCCCAGCAGAACUACCUCUUCCAGGAAGCUUCCUUAAUCUGUCCAGCCAGAAGUACUCACUUCCUUAGCAUUUCUAUAGCACUGUUUUUGUAUUUGUUUCAUACUUGUUAUUUUCUCAAUUGUACCGAUGUUGCCUGUGCCAUCUUUUCUCUCUUACUAGAUUGUAAACUACCUGUAUUAAUUUCCUAUUGUUGCUAGAACAAAUUAUAACGCACUUUGUGGGUUAAAACAAUGUAGGUUGGGGUGCCUGUCUGGCUCAGUCAGUAGAGCAUCCAGCUCCCGAUCUCAGGGUCAUGAGUUCAAGUCCCAUUUGGGUAUAGAAAUUCCUUAAAAAAAAAAUAAGUUAAUUAUUUUACAAUUCUGGAGAUCAGAAGUCCUUGGCAUUCUUUCUGGAGGCCCUAGGGGAGAAUUCAUUCCCCUGCCUUUUCUAGCUUCUAGAGACUGCCUGCAUUCUUUGACUCAUGGCCUCUUCCCCUCCAUCCUCAAAGCCAGCAUUGUGGCAUUUUUGAAUCUAGAUUUCUCUUUCUUUUUCUCUUUGGACUUUUCUUCAUCACCUCUUUCUCUUCCUUUGCCCUCCUGCCUCCUACGGAUCCUCAUUAUUGCAUUGGGCCCACUCAGAUAAUCCAAGGAUAUCUAUGCAUCGCAAGACCCGUAACUCAUUCGCAGAAGUAACUCACAGACUUCUGGAAUUAGGACAUGGAUGUCCUUGGGGAACUGGGGGCCUUACUCUAUCACAUUCCCUGAGUGUGCAGGGGCCAUCUCUUCAAGGCCUAGCAUGUUAUCCUAUAUAGAGCUGUUUCCUUACAAGUUAAGUUGAAUUAAGUUCUAAGAACCCACAUAAUAAAAAAAUUGCUGAGUAAAGUGGGGAUUAGGACUGUCUUUCUGAUGAUGGAUAGAAACACUCCAAGAAAACCAUUUCCACAAGAUAAAUGGAAUUUCCCUCUCUAGAACAUGUAUGAUGAAAGGGUAGACCUCUAGCCUGCUGUGCAUCCAAGGAAUAGGCUCUUGCUUUUUUUUUUUUUUUUUUUUUGUGUGUGAGUUAGUAUGUUUGGGUUAAUUGGUCAGAUUGGAGUCUAGAUUUAAGAACAAAUGAUUUAAAAAAGGAAGUCAUCUUAAAAAUUUUUUUUUUUAAUGUUUUCCUUUAUUUUUGAGAGAGACAGAGACAGAGUGUGAGCUGGGGAGGGGCAGAGAGAGAGGGAGACACAGAAUCCGAAGCAGGAUCCAGACUGAGCUGUCAGUACAGAGCCUGACAUGGGGCUCUAACUCAGGAACCGGGAGAUCAUGACCUGAGUCUAAGUCGGAAGUUUAACCGACUGAGCCACCAGGGAGUGCCCCAGGGAGUCAUCUUUAAAAAAAAAAAAAAAAAAAAAAAAGGUUGGGGGGUGCGCCUGCGUGGCUCAGUCAGUUAAGCGUCCGAUUCUUGAUUUCAACUCAAGUCAUGAUCUCGUGGUUCAUGAGAUCGAGCCCCGCGAUGGGCUCCACACCGUGCGGGGCCUGCUUGGGGUUAUUUCUCUAUCCCUCGCCCUCUGUCUCUCCCCUGCUCGUGCUCUCUCUCUCUCUCAAAAUAAAUAAACUUAAAAAAAAGAA